AGAAGAGAGCGGCACAUGGCAGUCUGUUAGAGGGUUUAUUUUGGAUCAUGGCUCACACGGACUCAGCAAAAGCGGCUGUCCCGUACUAUUUAAAAGAGGCACAGAUGAUUAAACAGGGCGCUGAGGCUCGGGUCUAUCGAAGCACGUUUUUAGGUCGCUCUGUCAUUAUUAAAGAGAGAUUUCCUAAAUUAUACCGCCAUCCGGAAGUGGAUGAGAAACUGACGCGCCGCAGAACAACACAGGAGGUGCGGUCCAUACUGCGCUGCAGGAGAGCCGGUAUCAGCGCACCGGUUGUGUAUUUUGUGGAUUACGCCACACACUGCAUCUUCCUGCAGGACGUGAUUAACUCUGUAUCAGUGCGAGACCACAUCCGAUCGCAGCCGGAUGGUCUGCAGACCCUGGCGGAGCGCAUCGGUGAAGUUCUGGCUCAGAUGCACGAUGAAGACGUCAUUCACGGAGAUCUGACCACCUCCAACAUGCUGCUGACCAGCGGAGAACAACAACAAGACUUCAACCUGGUGCUCAUCGACUUCGGCUUGAGCUACAUCUCCGCUCUUCCGGAGGAUAAAGGAGUGGAUCUGUACGUGUUGGAGAAAGCCUUUCUCAGCACCCACCCCAAAACUGAGGCCUUGUUCCAGAGGCUUCUGAAGAGCUACAGCAAUGCCUCUAAGAAGUCCACCGCGGUCAUCAAGAAACUGGACGAAGUUCGGAUGAGAGGGCGCAAGAGGUCAAUGGUGGGAUAAAACACUAUAUUAUAGCAGUGAAGUGGAUUCAAUCAUUCCAGCUUAAAGGAUUAGUUCACUUCCUGAAUGAAAAUUUCCCAACCCUGUUCCUAAAGGCACACCAACAGUACACAUUUUCAACCUCUCCCUAAUCAAACACACCGGAAUCAUCUCAUCAGAACAUUAGUAGAGACUCCACAACCUGAAGUUAAAGGGUCAGAUAAGAGAGACAUCCAAAAUAUGUACUGUUGGAGUGCCUCUAGGAACAGGGUUGGGAAACACUGAUCUAAUAUAACUAGUCAAACAAAAAUUAAAGGGCUAGUUCACAUUAAAAUUAAAAUGUUCUCACUGUUUACACUCAAGAAUAUGUUUGCUGCUUGUUCAAAUGACUUAUUUAGCUGAAACAACACAAUUCUUGAGUGUUUUUGAGACAACUUAAUUAGUUUAAGUCUUGAAUUUAAAUGUUCACCGUCAUCUAAGACUGUUUCCCAACCCUGUUCCUGGAGGCACACCAGUGGUACAUUACAAGCAUGUCUUGGAAGUGAACUAACACUUGCAGUUUGAUGUUGGAAAUAGGUAAAGGUGUAUUAUUUGAUAGAAAUUAAAUGUUGGUUAAACAGUGA